AUGAAAAAAAAAAAUCCUCCCUUCGGGAGCGGGGAAGCGGCGAGCGGUUCCGGUACGGGCUCGGGAUGCUCGGUCGCGGUGCCGGGGUGCUCACCUUGCCCGGCUGGGCCGGGGCGCGGCGGCGGGGCUGCCCGCCCUCAUGGCUCGGCGCGGCGGCAGGAAGGGAGGGACCCGCGCCCGCCCCGCUCCCCGCCGGGGGCGGCCCGGGACCGGCAGGAAACCGACACCCCCCCUCCCGCCCCAGGGCCGCCCCAGCGGGACCCGCUACCUGCGGGCGGGACACAGCCGCUCGGCCUUCCCCGCCCCACCGGGGGGGACACGGGGAACGGAGCUCCCCCGCCCCGACGGGAGCCCGUACCUGCGGGGGAGACAAAACGCAGGUCCUUCCCCGCCCCGCCGGGGGCACACGCGGAGGCCGCAGCUCCGCCGCCACAGCGGGACAGAGCAGACGGUCCCUCCCCGCCCCACCGGGGCCGCACAGCGGCCGCAGCUCCGCCGCCCACCGGGACCCGCUACCUGCGGAGGAGGAGGGGGACGCGCACAGCAGCCCGUCCUGCCCGCGGGGGGACACAACCCAACCCGCAGCCCCACCCCGGUGCUCCCCUGCCCCACCGGGACCCGCUGCCUGCGGGGGGGGACAACGCGUACAACGCCCGGUCCUCCCCCGGCCCGACGGCGCGCACGGGGCCGCCCCUCGCUGCCCAACCACGGCCCCGCGGACCCCAGGGCGGGGAUAGGGGACCGGGACACAACCCCCAGAGCUGCCCCAGCCCGCCGGGAGCCGCUGCCUGCGGGACACGGACCAAACCCCCGGUCCUCCCCUGCCCCGACGGGGCACACGGGCCACCCUGCCCCGCGCUGCGGCCCCGGGACGGGCUGGGGAGCGGCGCUGGCACCCACCACCGCGGCGUCUGGCCUCCCGCCGCUGCCCGGGCUUCAUUAGUAACCUGA